GAAGUAGUUGGUGUGUGAGUGUUUCGGUUUCAUCUGUUUUUGUUCCCAAACAAAGUAUUGAGUGACCGCGCGGAGGCCGGUGAAAAACAGACAGAGAAGGUGGGUUUAAACCCCAAAAAUGCCCUUUCCGUACCCCGAUAUCAGGUUAAAGUGAUACCGAGGUUUUGACAGAAUGGGCCCUGGUUAGAACUUUCUAGUAAACCGGCAUAGAGAGAGAGCCGCUGUGUCUGGCAGGGACAGAAGAGAGAGAGGCCCGCUGCCUGCUCCCGAAGCAUCGGUCUGGAAUAAACGGGACUCAUCGGCUACCGGCAAACGGGAACCGUGGCUUUCUUAUUUUAAACUCUGUAUAUUUUGAACAUGUGCAACCUGUGGUAGUUUCGAUGCUGCUGUAGCAUAUACUGAAUCCUGACUUGACAGGCCCUUCAUUCCUUGUGGGAGAGUUCUGCUAUUCAAAGUCGCCAAAAUAGCCGUGUCAGGUAGAAAGCGACAAACCUCUGACCCAGACGCGAUCAGCGGUUGCAGCGGACAGUCCGUGACCACCAAGCGGCUCAAGAUGGCCAGCACCGCUGAGGCUGGGGGGCGCAGAAGACGUGGCCUGGAGGACACUUCAAGCGAAAAGAAGCAGAAAGACAAGGCAAACCAGGAGAGCAAAGAUGCAAAGCGAGCUGCCAGCAGAGAGGCAAGAAAAGAGCUACCUCACUCUCAGGAUUUAUCAGAGGAAUUAAGUGAGGAUACAGAUAUUGAUGAUGUUUUUUUUGAUUGGAAACAAAACUCCAAUGAGAUAAUCGUGAAGCUCAGACCUGGAGAUGGUGUUGCAAAGGUGGAAGACGUGGAUGCUGCAUUCACAGACACAGCCUGUCAGGUUCGGUUUCCAGAUGGACGCCAGUGGAGCUGCAACUUCUUUGCAGAGAUUGAGAGUUCCUGCAGCAAAGUUCAGUACAAAGAAAAAGGAAACGUGUUGCAGUUGGUUUUACAGAAGAAGAUCCCCUUCAAUCCUUGGCCCUCUAUGAUGGACAACAAGAAUAAAGACCCUGUGAUUUUACAGACAGAAAAUGGAAAAAAGGGUUCUUUGAAGACUGAAAAAAUGGAUGAAAAAGAGAGUGCCCCUGUGCCAUCAGAGCCGAAGGAACAGAAGAGGCCCAAAGACCGAGGAAUGAAACGUGCAAUAAAAACUAAACCAUCACAAGUGUGUGAGCCAGGAUCAAAGGUCACUGGGACUACAAAGACAGCUGUGAAAAACACAGAGGCACAAGCUGAGCCCAUCACGAAGCGUGCAGUCUGCACAAAAGAUUCUAAGGACCCUGAGAGAGACACCCCUGCAAAGAUAUUGGGGAAUGGCAAAAACGAGAGUGCCCCUGAGGCUGGAAACUCAGCCCACUGCAACGGAAGGAGUAAAUAUAAGAGGAGCGGCAGAGAGUCUCUGGUGGAGAAAACCACUGAAUGUAAACCUACAGAGGCAGAGAUGAUAGAGGAGAACGUUCUCAGUGCAGUUUCGCAGGGCCCCUCUUCCACUCAGGGCUCCAGGAAAGGGGAGAGUGAGAUGAAGGAACAAUUGGUUGGAGAUGUGGAGCCAGAUAUGUGUAGGAAUGACAGGGGAGACUCUGAAUCUGAGGUUGGGAAAGGGACUCCAGAAGUUCAGGAGGCUGAAACUGUCCAUUUAGGUGCUGGAGAACAAUCAACGCCCUCUAAAGAUUCCAUUUCUACAAUAGAAGGAGAAUCUGAAAAAGUGGACGAGUCAAAAGAGGACGCUUUGGAAGAGCAACCUGAAAUCCUGGAGCCAAUGGUGAACUUGACGUUUGUGAAGAACGAAUCAUACGAGAAAGGCAACGACCUUGUGGUGGUGAAUGUGUACCUGAAAGAGAUCUGCAGGGAGACGGUCAAGGUGCUCUUUCGAGAGCAGGACUUCACAAUCAUCUUUCAGACCAGUGAUCAGAAUUUUUUGCGGUUUCAUUCAAGCUGUGGACCAGACACAGUCUUUAAAUGGCAGGUGAAACUCAGGAAUCUUAUACACCCUGAGCAGUGUGCCUAUUCUUUCACCCCAUUCCGACUCGAUAUCACGUUGAAGAAGAGGCACAGCCAGAGAUGGGGAGGUCUGGAGGCUCCAGCAACACAAGGACACCCCAAACACACUGGGCUAAUAUUGACACUUGCUGGAGAGGUGGGACUGGAGCUGCAGAAAUCCAGCCGUGCAGAGGGUCCGCGCACUAAGACAUCAAGCUCUUGUGCAGUGGGUGGCGCCAAGGUGGCUUUGUCUACAGGACCUGCUACUCUUGAAAAGACCCAGCCUGGGAGUAGCCAGCACACCCUGCCAAGCAAAGAGGAACCAAGGUCUGCCGAGAAAGAAAAAUCACGCACUGAGGAUGGUGUUCCGAUUAAACAGGAGCCCCUUGUAACAUCACCCAAGCCGACCUGCAUGGUGCCCCCGAUGAGCCACUCUCCGGCGGGCAGCGAGCACCUUGAGGAGGUGGAAGAGAAGGUGAUGUGUCUGCCUGGAUUCACCGGACUGUUCAAUCUCGGAAACACCUGCUUCAUGAACAGCGUUAUCCAGUCCCUGUCCAACACUCGCGAGCUGCGUGAUUACUUCCAUGAUCAAGCUUUUAAAACGGAGCUAAAUUGCAGUAACCCCCUGGGGACUGGAGGCCGUCUAGCCAUUGAGUUUGCAGGUUUGCUGCGGUCUCUUUGGAAGGGAACGCACAACGCCUUUCAGCCCUCUAACCUAAAGGCUAUUGUGGCAAGUAAGGCCAGCCAGUUCACGGGAUAUGCACAGCAUGACGCCCAGGAAUUCAUGGCAUUCUUAUUAGAUGGGCUUCACGAGGACCUGAACAGGAUCCAGAACAAACCGUAUACAGAGACUGUAGAUUCGGAUGGGAGACCAGAUGAGGUUGUGGCAGAAGAGGCCUGGCAGCGACAUAAAAUGAGGAAUGAUUCCUUCAUAGUGGAUCUGUUCCAGGGCCAGUACAAAUCUAAACUGGUCUGCCCUGUAUGCUCAAAGGUGUCCAUUACAUUUGACCCUUUCCUGUACCUGCCAGUCCCAUUGCCUCAAAAACAAAAGGUGCUGACUAUCUUUUACUUUGGCAAGGAACCUCAUAAGAAGCCAAUUAAGUUUCUGAUGAGUGUCAGCAAGGAGAAUUCCAGCACGUCCGACGUGCUUGAGUCCAUCUCCAAGAGUGUGAGGGUUAAACCAGAGAACCUGAGGCUUACUGAGGUCAUUAAGAGUCGAUUCCACCGUGUGUUCCUUCCCUCUCACUCGCUGGAUGCAGUUUCUCCCUCAGACACUCUCUUCUGUUUUGAAGUACUGUCCAAGGAUCUGACUAAAGAGAAAGUGCUUAUUCUACAGGUCCAGCAGAGGCCCCAGGUCCCCUGCAUCUCCAUCAGUAAGUGUGCUGCUUGUCAGAAGCCCCCACAGGCGGAGGACAAGAAGGUGAAACGCUGCACUCGCUGCUACUGCGUCGGGUACUGCAACACGGCUUGUCAGAGGACCCACUGGCCUAUUCACAAAAAUCAGUGCAAGCCAUAUGUUGAAAACAUUGGCUGUCCGUUCCUGAUCAGUGUCCCAGAGUCUCGAUUAACGUACUCUCGCCUUGCCCAGCUGUUGGAAGGGUACUCUAGGUACUCUUUGAAUGUUUUCCAGCCCCCAAUCCAGUCUGGCAAAUUGUCCCCGGAGCCGAGCCAGUGCAGAGCAGAUCUGCCCCCCCAGGUUCCUGAGAUACCAGACGGCUGCUGUAAGGAGGGCUAUCUGGAUGAGACCAAGGAGCAUGAAAAGGUUAUGCAGUCCCUGGAAUCAGACAUGUGCCAGGCUGCAGGGGACUCGAAGAGGGAUAACGAUUCCACCCUCACGGUCGACUCUGGGUAUUCCAGUCAAUUACAUGAGUCCCAGGAACAAGCUGGCUGCGAGAAGGAAACGUCCUGUGAGAAAGCAGUGAAACCUGAAGCUGCAGUCACGGGUUACCAGAAGCCUACAGAGUCACUCGCCAGCUCUGCAUCACAGUUCUACAUCUCUGUCAUUAAUUCAGCGAAGAAUGAGGAAAAACUUGAGGACAAAGGCGAUGUAGUGUUGGAUAUACCCGAAGACUCCUCUCUGGACCUGGUGUGGAAGAAUAAUGAGCGGAGCAAGGAGUACGUCCUCAUCGAGUCAAAGGAGCUGGAAUAUGUGGAGGACCCAGGCUCUGCCAGCGAGGCAGCUAGGGCAGGACACUUCACCCUGGAGCACUGCCUCAACCUCUUCACCAGGCCUGAGGUGCUCGCACCCGAAGAGGCAUGGUACUGCCCGAAGUGCAAGCAGCACAGAGAGGCGUCUAAGCAGCUCAUGCUCUGGAGGCUUCCCAACGUUCUGAUCAUCCAGCUGAAGCGUUUCUCCUUCCGUAGUUUUAUCUGGAGGGACAAAAUCAAUGACAUGGUUGACUUCCCUGUCAGAAGCCUGGAUCUGAGCAACUUUUGUAAUGACCAGAAGGACGAAAAUCAGCCUCCCAUCUAUGACUUAUAUGGUGUGAUUAAUCACUAUGGUGGAAUGAUUGGGGGACAUUACACUGCAUAUGCUCGCCUGCCCAGCGACAAAAACAGCCAACGCAGUGAUGUAGGAUGGCGACUUUUUGAUGACAGCACAGUGACCACAGUGGAGGAGAGCCAGGUCGUGACACGCUAUGCCUACGUGCUCUUCUACCGACGCCGCAACUCUCCCCUGGAGAGACCAUCACGAUGUCCUGCCCCCCACAAUACAGAAUCACCAGCAAUGGCCGAAGCUGGCGCCAGUCAGGCAACUAGCCAGGAAUUGUUUGACACAGAGCUGGACCCAGAAGGACCCCCUCAGCUGACCCCAGAGGUGACCUCAGAACUGUUCUCCCACCCUGCGGAAUGUGCCACCCCAUCCUACAGCAAUAUGGAGGAGGUGGACUAGUCAAGAUUUGGCAUAAACUGCAAAAAUCAACCAACUGCUAGGAAAAAAAAAAAACUCCUUAUUAUACAAAAUGAGUUAAAAUGACAGUCUUGUAUAAGCAAAGGUGAAUGUGUACACACACACACACACACAUAUACACACAAGUGGAGAACCCUUCAGUUUCAACAGUGAUUUAUUCUUCUUGGAAACUCAUGCAGUGGGCACCAGACAAUAACCAUAGAGCUAUCUGCUGUAUGCUGCAACGGUUCUCUACAGCUGGCGGCUAGUGUGUAAAAGUGCAUAACCCAUAUCUGCGGACACGUUUUUAAAUCCUAGUGGUUUACCAUCUGCAUAAUGACAUGGAAUUGAUCUAUAGAGCUACCAGAAAUCCACAAGUGGCCAUCAAUAGAAAGACAUGGUUAAAACAAGAAAGAUCCUGAAUAGUACCAAAAAAGAAGAAAAGCCCAUAGCUUGAUUUGUAAUGACAUCUAGAGAGACCAGUAAAGAUUCUUUUUUAGUAAUCACUUGGAUAGGCAAUGAUUUUCCUUGGAGAAGAUUUUGGUUUCUAUUAGGGUCUGUCUGUCUUUCAGUUAACAAAUAGCCUGUUGCAUUGCACAUGCAGGGCUACAUCUGAGAGCCCUGGAUCCACACCAGUUCCCAAGUCAUCAAAUCGCCUGCAUGUUACUACAUACGAUCCCAGAUGUGAAAAAAAGCAUCUGAUUUUGUUUUUCUGUUUUCUUUUUUUGUGAAUUUUUGUUUUGUUAUUGGUGGACUGUGUUUUUGUGUUUUUCUCUUGGUUUUUUGUAUUGCAAUUGCCUUUUUUGGGGGUUUAAGAUUAAGUUUAUGCUGCUGAUAAUAAAAAAUAUAUUUAAAGAACGUUAGUAUAAAUGAAUUCUUUUUGAGAAACCAUAACAAAACGGUUGUUUGCAUACGCAACAAGCUCUGAGUCCACCAGACUUUAAAUUUGACACCCCUGUUGAUAAACUUCCCGAGCU